GGAGUACAUACGGGUAUGGGAUGACCUAGGCCGCGAGCGGCCGAGCUAACUUCUCGUCCGUCGUGGUAUGUGGUCUUCACUGUGGCCUUUCAAAUGGCCAAGGAGAUAAAAAAAAAAAACCAGACAUAUCGGUCAACACUCCGAUUAAUAUCCAAGGUCUUCCAACCUCUUUCGAUUCUCCAUCCCCGUGAAGCCCAUCUACAAACCUCCUGUGCUCCUCGACUCAACAUGCGGUGGUCUCUGGUAGCCUUGUGGCCCUUGCCGUCUCUCUGUCUUUUCCUCCUCGUCGGGGCCUGCCCGCAGGAAAGACAUGCCGCCUAUGAUGUCGAUCCAGGCAACUCUACCAAAGCCCUCUUCCGCAGGGUUCGAACCGGCCCAGGUGGUGGCACUGAUGGCAGUACGGUAACGACUUCACAAGUCUUCUUGAUAGACUCCGGCGACGGAGGCUGCGCCAGCCAAGAGGCACUGCUCGACGGAUGGCUAAACGAGGCAACGGAGCUCCAUGAUGCGAUCACGACAGCGUACGCAGACUACCAAACCAAUCUCGGAGCGAGGAUUCUCUGGUUCACCUUCUUCGGAAUCAUGCCCGGGCCCGACAACUCGGUGGACCUGAAUCGUCAAGAUACCGCCAAUGCAUGGGCGAAUAUUGGAGACCACCUCUCGCGCGUCACCCAGUUCCUCUCCGGAAGUGGCCUGAGAGACCCCCAGAUAUCGGGAGAAAAUCCUCGCUUGUUCUGCUCGGGCGACGCGGGCAUUCCUCAGGACUGGGGUCAGCCCAUCAAGGACAAGAAUGGAAACGAAGUCGUCAGCGAAAAAGACCCCGAUACUGGGCUACCGGUCGCGUACCUGACGCUCAAUGAGGCAUUCCUGGCAAUCAAGAGGCAGUGGGCAGAUUCGUAUCCCUUUUGGAUGCCCGCGUUCAACGGCUAUGCGUUUGACAACAUGGACCCAACCACGAUGUGCCCCGACAAGGUGAUUGAUGCGGACGGCAAACAGGGAGUCCGCGCCGCCUCAACCACGAAGCCAUGGCCGUUGAAACACGUGGACAAGGACGAUAUAGAAUUCGACUUGGGCCAAAGCAACAGGAUCGUCAUACUUUGCCCACGGGCGUUCUCCCCGCAGGUCUUGCAUUCCGCUCCAUCCCUUGCACAGGCCGUCUCGGCAGACAGGUACCCCGCGGCCGGCUCGUCAGAUGAAUCCAUAUAUCUCGACAGACUAGUGCCUCAGAGCGCUACCUUGUACCACGAGAUCUACCAUCUGACCGACAACUCUAACACACCUGAUACUGCUUACUCCCUAGAUAAGAUCAUUGCAGCCGGCUGCGCCGCAGGAGCUGCACUAGCGACCACCUCCCACAACCCGGAGUCAUUCAUUUACAUGGCGAUGGCGGCGUAUAUGCUUCUGAAUGCACCCGAGGGCAAAACCCCCGUCAUGUACAAUGGUGCGGCCCCAAUGGCUGCUCCUCCCAGGUAAAGUCAGAACAUCGCGCUUCAGGUUUGGGGCUAUGUUGGGGGCCUUGGUUGUCAGUCAGUUGGUGCAUCUUUAUUUAGGGGGCCUUCCAAGUUUUCAAUUCGGACAAUCGUUUCUCCGGGUGGCUUGGAGACCUGAAACAUGGAUAAAUGUGGUUAGGUAGUGUGAAUGGAGCACGUUGAUGGGGUCAGAGUCUCCCAC